UGAACUGGGAAAACGCUAAUCUGUCACUUCCGGUUCGUCUUCAUCGAAAGAAAUGGCGGACAUGGACGAACUGUUCGGGAGUGAUGGGGACAGUGACAACGAACAAAGAGUGGUCUCGGCAGUGGCGUCUGGCUCUGGUUCAGGUUCUGAAUCUGAGCCGGAGAUGCCUCGGUCCCGUUCCCAUAGUAACGUCUCCGGCAGCGACAGCGGGAGAGACGAUGAUGGACAAGACGGGGGAAAGCCCAACACCAAGGAGCUGUUUGGGGAUGACAGUGAAGAGGAACGCCAUAGCCGACACAGCGACAACCAAUCAAACCUGUCAGAACACUCAGGACACCAGUCGGACGCCAGCAUGCACUCGGAGCCCGAGGACAAUGACCAGUCAGACGCGGAGCUGCACAGUGGGUCGGAGAGAGGGCCCCAGGAGGAAGAUGGAGAUCGAAGGUCAGAGGCAGGCAGUCCAAUAUCGGGGGCGGGGAGCCCCAGGUCUGGGAGGGGCAGUGCUCGCUCUGAGAAGAGUAUCCAUAGCGACCCCGGCUCCCCCCAGUCGGCGCCCGGCUCCCCCCAGUCGGCGCCCGGCUCCCCCCAGUCGGCGCCCGGCUCCCCCCAGUCGGCGCCCGGCUCCCCCCAGUCGGCGCCCGGCUCCCCCCAGUCGGCGCCCGGCUCCCCCCAGUCGGCGCCCGGCACCCCCCAGUCGGCCCCCCAGUCUGUUCCUGGCACCCCCCAGUCGGCGCCCGGCACCCCCCAGUCGGCCCCCCAGUCUGUUCCCGGCACCCCCCACUCGGCGCCCGGCACCCCCCAGUCGGCCCCCCAGUCUGUUCCUGGCACCCCCCAGUCGGCGCCCGGCACCCCCCUGUCAGAUCCCGGCACCCCCCUGUCAGACCCCGGCACCCCCCUGUCAGACCCCGGCACCCCCCACUCAGGGCACGGCACCCCCCACUCAGAUGGGGAGGGGUCAGGCAAGGAGAACCAAUCAGAUGAUGAAAAGUGGGGAGCAGGGGCUAAGAGUGACCAAUCAGAGGAUGAGGAGGAGGAGAAGAAGCGGCACCAAUCGGACGAAGACCGAGAGAAUUCUGAUGAGGACGGGGCGGGGCACAGGAGCAGGAAGAAGUCAGAGUCUGCGAAGGGCAGUGACAGCGAGGAUGACUUCGUCGGACGGAAGAACAAGAAGAUGGCGUCUGGUUCAGAUUCUGACAGCGACGUUGGAGCCAAGAAGAAGAUGGCGUCUGCCUCAGACUCUGACAGCGACGUUGGAGCCAAGAAGAAGAUGGCGUCUGCCUCAGACUCUGACAGCGACGUUGGCGCCAAGAAGAAGAUGGCGUCUGCCUCAGACUCUGACAGCGACGUUGGAGCCAAGAAGAAGAUGGCGUCUGCCUCAGACUCUGACAGCGACGUUGGAGCCAAGAAGAAGAUGGCGUCUGCCUCAGACUCUGACAGCGACGUUGGAGCCAAGAAGAAGGGAAAAGGUAAGAAGCCAGCAGCAGACGACCUGUUUGGAGAGGCAGACGACAUCUCAUCAGACAGUGAUGCUGAGAAACCCCCCACUCCAGGACAACCCCUGGACCAAGAGGAUGGUAUGGAAGGGGAGCAGGCUGAGGAGGAGCACGUCCCAGAGACUCGUAUCGAGGUGGAGAUUCCUAAAGUCAGCACUGAUCUAGGAUCAGACCUCUACUUCGUCAAACUACCCAACUUCCUCUCUGUUGAGCCCAGACCCUUUGACUCCCAGUACUAUGAAGAUGAGUUUGAGGAUGAGGAGAUGUUGGAUGAAGAGGGACGGACCAGGCUCAAACUGAAGGUUGAAAAUACUAUCCGGUGGAGAGCCAAGAAAGACGAGGAGGGGAACGAGAGCAGAGACAGUAACGCCCGCAUCGUCAAGUGGUCUGACGGCAGCAUGUCUCUCCACCUGGGUAACGAGGUGUUUGAUGUGUAUAAAGCUCCUCUCCAAGGAGACCACAACCACCUGUUCAUCAGACAAGGGACUGGACUACAGGGACAGGCUGUGUUCAAGACCAAACUCACCUUCAGACCCCACUCCACAGACAGCGCCACCCACAGGAAGAUGACCCUCUCCCUGGCUGACCGCUGCUCUAAGACCCAGAAGAUUAGAAUACUGCCCAUGGCUGGACGAGACCCUGAGUCUCAACGCAAUGAGAUGAUCAAGAAAGAGGAAGAGCGUCUGCGUGCGUCUAUCCGUCGUGAGGGCCAACAGCGGCGGAUGAGAGAGAAGCAGCACCAACGAGGGCUGAGCGCAGGUUACCUGGAGCCUGAUCGCUAUGACGACGAUGAGGAGGGGGACGAGUCGGUCAGCCUGGCCGCCAUCAAGAGCAAAUACAAGGGAGGAGGAGGAGGAGGAGGAGGACUGAGGGAGGAGCGUGCUAGGAUCUACUCGUCUGACAGUGAUGAGGGUUCUGAUGAUGAUAAAGCCCAGAGACUGCUCAAGGCCAAGAAACUAGACUCUGACGAGGAAGGAGAGAGUUCAGGGAAGAGGAAGGCUGAGGAGGAUGAGGAGGAGGAGGUGGAACCCAAGAAGGCAAAGAAGUACGUCAUCAGCGACGAAGAGGAGGAAGAUGAUGAAUGAUGUCUGUUUUUUUUUAUCAUACCACUGUAUCAUCAGUGUUUUGUUAUAUCCAAUGCGUCGCGAUGUAGACCUAAACGUUUAAUUUGUAGUUUGUAUAUUUUCUAAUGAUGACUGAGUGAGAGAGAGAGAGCUCUGUACAGCUGUAGGAAUAAAGAGAAGAUGAACUAGGUGUUUAUCUCAACAACCAAA